AUGGCACCCCCAAAGAAGGGUUUCAAGGGCUUUGGUGAAUGGGACCCGACACCGCUUCAAAAGGAAGUGCCUGCAGCGCCGAAGGAAGAUAGCAAGCCUAAUCCAGCACCUGAGAAGCAGCAAAGCCCACGAGGUGGCUCUCGACGAAGCUCGAAUUCAACCACUUCGAAACAGCAGUCCCUAAAUCCCAAGCCCCAGUUUCCAAAGGUGGAAAGAGCUCAGCCACCACGAGUACUCACCCAAGGGUCUGGAGCUUCCCGAGGACCUCUUCGACCUCCUGUGCCAAAACAAAAAUACUCGAAUAUAGUUCUUGAGGAGCGGCCUUCUACAACACUGACUGCAGCCCAAAAGGUCAAACGAGUCAAGGGCAUAUACUGGAUCACAGGAAUCGGUGUUUACGCUUUAUCAUCUUAUGGUGUCUAUCUUUACAUCCAGUAUGGAAAGGCUGUCAAGCUGAAUGAAGAGAAUGAGAAGCAGUACAGGCUUGGAAUGAAGAUCAAACCUGAGAUUGACACAAACAAAGUUUAUGAGAAUAUUUCAGGGAAAUAUGACUCGAAUGUCAGGUGGAGUGAAUUCUUCAUGGGGAUGCCGUUGUUAAGAAGGUGGAUGAUGUUGGGAUUGCAGGGGGACGUCCUUGAGGCUUCGGCUGGUACCGGGCGCAACAAUUCUUAUUACCCCGUCCGAAAUUGCAACUCGGUUACGAUGGUAGAUAGCAGUCCAAACAUGUUAAAGAUCGCUAAAGAUGAUUUUGAGCGCCGAUAUCCACGUUACGGUCACAUCUCGUUUGCCCCGCAGGAUGCCGGUCAACCGAUCAAGUCACCUUCCGGGGAAGGCUUCGACCGGGUUAUUCAGACUAUGGGUCUUUGCUCUCAAAAGUGCCCCGUUGAGACACUCCGAAAUCUCGAACAACACUGCAAACCUGGCGGUAAAAUAUUACUCUUGGAACAUGGAAGAUCCCAUUAUGAAUGGUUAAACAAUAUUCUAGACGCUUACGUUCUGGAUCACGCUAGAAACUGGGGUUGCUUCUGGAACCGGGAUAUUGGCGGGUUGCUCGAGGAAAGUGGCCUCGUGGUCACUAAAAUUUCGAGAUUCCAUCUCGGAACCACCUGGCUAAUUGAAGCUUCUCCACGCCCCCGGAAGCAGGAUCGAACUGCUGAACCUGGUUCUGAGAGUAAAUAG